GAGGAAGAGGCGGAGGCAGCAGGGACGAGGAGGAGGAGGAGGGAUUGCUUGCCUGCUCCGACGCAGACAUGGUGGACUGAGUCCCUCCCGGGCCGAGAGCAGGGUUUCCUAAGGUGCCUCCCGCGCGUGGUUCCGCCGCGCCCCGCAGUCCUGCAUCUCGGCGGCGGGGAGCAGCGGCCGGGCGGGACAGUCGCGUUCCCGCCGCGUCCCGCGCCCGGUCCCUAUGGAGGCGCCGAUCGCCGGCGAGGCCGCCGAUCAUGCCUAGGAGGGCCGGGAGCGGUCAGCUGCCGCUACCCCGGGGCUGGGAGGAGGCCAGGGACUAUGACGGCAAGGUCUUCUACAUCGACCACAACACCAGGAGGACCAGCUGGAUCGACCCCCGGGACAGGUUAACGAAGCCCUUGUCAUUUGCUGACUGUGUUGGGGACGAGCUGCCAUGGGGCUGGGAAGCAGGCUUUGACCCACAGAUUGGCGUCUACUACAUUGAUCACAUCAACAAAACCACACAGAUAGAAGAUCCAAGAAAACAAUGGAGAGGGGAACAGGAGAAGAUGCUCAAGGACUACCUCUCAGUGGCCCAGGAUGCCCUGAGGACACAGAAGGAGCUGUACCACGUGAAGGAGCAGAGGCUGGCACUGGCCCUGGACGAAUAUGUGCGGCUGAACGACGCCUACAAGGAAAAGUCGAGUUCUCACACGAGCCUAUUCUCAGGAUCUUCAUCCAGUACUAAAUAUGAUCCCGAGAUUUUAAAAGCUGAGAUCUCUACUACACGACUAAGGGUUAAAAAGCUGAAAAGAGAACUCUCACAGAUGAAGCAAGAACUGCUCUAUAAAGAACAAGGCUUUGAAACACUGCAGCAGAUUGAUAAAAAGAUGUCCGGAGGCCAGAGUGGGUAUGAACUUAGUGAAGCCAAAGCCAUUCUCACGGAACUGAAAUCUAUCAGAAAGGCUAUUAGCUCAGGAGAGAAAGAGAAACAAGACCUGAUGAAGAGUCUUGCUAAGCUGCAGGAGCGGUUUCAUUUGGAACAGAACAUUGGCAGAUCGGAGCCAGAUUUGAGAUGCAGUCCUGUGAACUCUCAUUUAUCUCUCUCCAGACAGACCCUCGAUGCUGGGUCACAAACCAGCAUUUCCGGAGAUGUUGGAGUGAGAAGUAGAUCAAAUUUAGCUGAAAAGGUCAGGCUGAGCCUACAGUAUGAAGAAGCCAAAAGGAGUAUGGCCAACUUAAAAAUUGAGCUGUCAAAAUUAGACAGUGAAGCCUGGCCUGGGGCGCUGGACAUCGAGAAGGAGAAGCUGAUGCUGAUUCAUGAAAAAGAAGAACUUUUGAAAGAGCUGCAGUUCAUUACUCCUCAGAAACGCACGCAGGACGAGCUGGAGCUCCUGGAGGCCGAGAGGCAGCGGCUGGAGGAGGAGCUGCUAUCCGUGAGGGGAGCUCCCAGCAGAGCUCUGGCUGAGAGAUUGAGAUUAGAAGAGAAAAGAAAAGAGUUGUUACAGAAACUUGAAGAAACUACUAAAUUAACUACUUACUUGCAUUCACAACUUAAAAGCCUCUCUGCCAGCACCCUGUCCGUGUCAUCCGGGAGCAGCCUGGGCUCCCUGGCAUCCAGCCGUGGCUCCCUGAACACCUCCAGCAGAGGGUCACUCAAUUCUCUGAGUUCCAGCGAGCUCUAUUACAGCAGUCAGGGUGAUCAGACAGACGCGGACUAUCAGUAUAGACUGGACUUCCUUCUGCAGGACAAAGGUGGCUACAUUCCCUCCGGGCCCAUCACCACCAUCCACGAAAACGAGGUGGCCAAAUCCCCGGACCAGCCUGGCCAGAGCAGACUCUCUGGGGUGACGGCCACCGCCACAGCCCACACUCCCUUGUUGACUGAGGCCCCCAAGUCUGUGACCUCCUUGUCCUCAAGGUCCUCCCUCUCCUCCUUGUCCCCUCCGGGCUCUCCCUUGGUUUUGGAAGGCACAUUCCCCACGUCUCCCCACGACACCGCUCUGCAGCAGUUCACGGCCGACUUUGAUGAUUGUGAGUUGAGUAGCCAUUUUGCAGACAUUGGCCUGGGUGAAAAUUCGAUCUUGCUGGAUUCUGACUCAGGAGGAGCGUCCCAGUCCCUUCUAGAGGAUAAAGACCUGAGUGAAUGUGCUAGAGAGCCGCUGUGUGAAGGAGCUGCAGAUGGUGAAAAGUCAUUACCAAAAAGAAGAGGACUUCACUUGCUUGGGGACAAAACCACUUGCGUGUCAGCUGCGGUGUCCGAUGAGUCUGUGGCUGGGGACAGUGGCGUCUAUGAAGCGUUUGUGAAACAGCCCAGUGAAAUUGAGGAUGUCACAUACGGUGAAGAAGAUGUGACCAUUGUGGAGACUGCCCAGGUCCAGAUAGGACUCAGAUACGAUGCAAAAAGUUCAAGUUUCAUGGUGAUUAUAGCACAACUCCGAAAUCUCCACGCCUUCUUGAUACCUCAUACUUCAAAAGUGUAUUUUAGGGUUGCUGUACUUCCUUCCUCAACUGAUGUCAGCUGUCUGUUUCGAACCAAAGUCCAUCCGCCCACAGAGUCUGUUUUAUUCACCGAUGUGUUCCGAGUAACCAUUUCGCAAACAGCCUUACAACAGAAGACCCUGAGAGUCGACCUUUGCUCUGCCAAUAAACAGCGGAGGGAGGAGUGCCUGGCUGGAACUCAGAUCAGCCUCGCAGAUUUACCAUUUUCCAAUGAGAUUUUUACUCUGUGGUAUAACUUACUUCCUUCCAAGCAAAUGCCUUGCGAAAAGAAUGAAGAAGAAAAUGAGGACUCUAUAUUUCAACCAGACCAGCCACUAGUAGAUUCUAUAGAUUUGGAUGCAGUGUCAGCCUUGCUUGCAAGAACCUCAGCAGAGUUGUUGGCUGUGGAACAGGAAUUAGCACAAGAACAAGAGGAGGAUGAACCAGGGCAGGAAGAAGAGCGAAGGGGUCCAGAUGGAGACUGGUUGACCAUGCUGAGAGAGGCCUCUGAUGAAACUGUGGCUGAAAAAGAGGCUGAAGUUAAAAUGCCAAAGGGCAGUAGCUGUACAGAGGACUCAAGUUCACACACUAGUGUGUCUGAAAUUAACGAAGACAGCAGCCAGAAAGAAAAUAACUGUGCCAAUGACCUGAGAAGCCAGCCACCUGCCGGAACACCAACCUUGGUCGAUAAAGAGACAAAUACAGACGAAGUGGCCAGUGACAAUGUGGCAGUUCGCCCCAAAGACCGCAGUGGCCUGAGCGCCCUACAGCACCCGCUUGUGAGAAGCAGCGUGAUUGUGCGUUCCCAGACCUUUUCCCCAGGACAGCGGAGCCAGUACAUCUGCAGGUUAAAUCGGAGCGACAGUGACAGUUCAACCCUGGCUAAAAAAUCACUGUUUGUGAGAAACUCCACUGAACGGCGCAGUUUGAGAGUCAAAAGGACUGUCUGCCAGCCAGUCCUUAGAAGAGCAGCCCAAGAGCGCCCCGUGCGCACAUCUCUGGACCUGGAACUGGACCUGCAGGCCUCUCUGACACGGCAGAGUCGCCUCAACGAUGAGCUGCAGGCUCUGAGGGGCUUGCGACAAAAGCUGGAGGAACUGAAAGCUCAGGGAGAGACUGACCUUCCACCAGGGGUACUGGAGGAUGAGCGGUUCCAGAAGCUCCUGAAACAAGCCGAGAAACAGGCUGAACAGUCCAAAGAAGAACAGAAGCAAGGUUUGAGCGCGGAGAAGUUGAUGAGGCAAGCCUCCAAGGACGUGUGUCGACUUCGGGAGCAGAGCCGGAAGGUGCCUCGGCAGGUGCAGUCCUUCAGGGAGAAGAUUGCCUACUUCACCCGAGCAAAGAUAAGCAUCCCAGCCCUGCCGGCUGACGACGUAUGAUCACACGACUUAAGUUUAUUUUUUCACCUGUUCACUUGGUGAGGAAGGGCAAAAGAUUGAACAUUUGUUUGUUGGUUUGGUUUGGUUGGGGUUCUGGGGAUUUUUUCUUUUUGGUAAAAUAACUGUCAACUCUUGAACUUUAUUUCACAUCAGAUUUUCCACAUGUCGAUUUAUAACGUACCUUGAAUGUAAUUCUUAUAUCCUUAAGAAAAGAAGAAAAAUCAGGUAACAAAAAUGGGAUCAUCUGGUACACCAGUGUUGCACAGUCUGCGUGUGUUGCCAACUGACUAUAUUUUGGAAAAAUGGAAUACAGGUAGUACCAAGUGUCUGCUCCACAGAGCUGACUGUCGAGAAGGUGGUUUCGCUUUUCCUCUAUUUUCUUGUGAGUGGACUAUGACGAUGGCAACAGAGCCAUGGGACAUUUUUGUACCACAGAGCAGCUUUUUCAGUUUGAAGCUACACGUGAGUGUAAGAUGAAGCUUAGAGUCCACAGUGCCUCUGAAACAGGUGCUGUGUUCAUUUCCUUCACUUACGUUGGGACACUUGCUUUCCUUAAAACAAUUUCCUGGGACGUGCCUAUGGCUCAAAGGAGUAGGGCGCCGGCCCCAUAUACCAGAGGUGGUGAGUUCAAACCUGGCCCUGGCCAAAAACCACCAAAAAAAAAAAAAAUUUCCUUUUUUGUCCUUUUAUAUUUGCUUUAAAAAAACCUAUGAUAUAAAAUACUAAGCCUAGGAUAUAAGAAUGCAAAGGAAGCAAGGCUCCUGGCUACACUACAAAUCUUGAAAGCCGUGUCACUGAGAGUAGCAGAGGGGAGAGGUAAGUGCCCCUUCCCCAGAACACACUGCAUUGAACUCAUUAAGUGAGUGGCUGGUCCAUUUAUAGCACCUGACCUUGCACGUGUCCACAUGUGAGUUUCUGGCUUACAUCAGUGUUUCAUCCUAGAUAUGAGGAUGAUGCUAAGUGGUGGCCCUGUGUUCUGAGGUCAGCUAGCCCACAGGACGUGGAAGAAGAUGGGUCAAUACUCACUAGGUGAGACCCAGAACAGAGAGAGGGAAGAAGACCUUGCUUGAAUAAAAAUUGCCAAAAAUAAAUUUUAAAAAACCGUUCAUCAAACAGAUUUUUUUUUUUUUUUUUUUGUAGAGACAGAGUCUCACUGUACCACCCUUGGUAGAGUGCCGUGGCAUCACAUGGCUCACAGCAACCUCUAACUCUUGGGCUUACGCGAUUCUCUUGCCUCAGCCUCCCGAGCAGCUGGGACUACAGGCGCCCGCCACAACGCCCGGCUAUUUUUUUUUUUUUUGUAGAGACAGAGUCUCACUUUAUGGCCCUCGGUAGAGUGCCGUGGCGUCACACGGCUCACAGCAACCUCCAACUCCUGGGCUUAAGUGAUUCUCUUGCCUCAGCCUCCUGAGUAGCUGGGACUACAGGCGCCCGCCACAACACCCGGCUAUUUUUUGGUUGCAGUUUGGCCGGGGCUGGGUUUGAACCCGCCACCCUCGGCAUAUGGGGCCGGCGCCCCACUCACUGAGCCACAGGCGCCGCCCCAAUCAAACAGAUUUUUUAAACAUUUAUUAGAAAUUACCUUGCAGCUCUCCUUUUUAGGGGGCCCUACAUAUAAUUUAUGGUAAAUAGUCGAGAGGCAAAAAGAAAAAGAGUGUUUCUGGGGAAAUUACUUAUUUGAAGUAUAGGCUGAACCAUUUGUGUAAAAAAAGCUAUUUUAAAUGUGCGAGAUUAGAGAGAGAAAUUGGCUAUCGCGUCCUCCAGUUUAGAAUUUUAGCUCACCCAGCCCUGCCACUUUUCAGAAAAAAACAAACCCUCCGUGUAGCUGCUGCCAGCAUGAAGGCUUCUAAAAUACAUAAGUAUUUAGGAGAUUUAAAACCACAUUUUUUAUGCAGUUUGUUAUACUAGAAGAAGCAAUUUUUGGUUAGCCAUCAUAUGGAGCAAACCAAACCAAUUUCUUUUUUAAGAAAUGCAAAAUUUUCUUAAAGAAAUUGGCCCCUUAAAGAAAAAAAAAAUUCCCUUCCUAAUCUAGAGUACUAAUUAACAAGACUUUGGUUUUAAUAAGUACUUUUAUUUUCUUAAAAGUCCAUAUACGUAUUUUGGAAAGUACAUCUUCACAGAAUCAAAGUAAGCAGUUUCUGAGCCUAGAACUUUCUUUUUUCCUAACUGUCCCACCACUUCUAUGUACUUUUCUUUGAAGACAUAACUGGACAUGACGCUACUCUGAACAAACACCAGCCUAGUGAAUGGCUGAGCGCCAUCCUUCCAGGCUGCCCUGUUCAUUCUUUCAGAUAACCAAGGAAAAUGAGAAAAAUAGCACCAUUCACCCUGACCAAGGUCAAAUGUGAAAGACAGAAGUUUAUUUAAAGUAGAGAUCAAUGAAGAGCAGCUGUUCUCAGCUUCUUAGUUUGACCAUAAAAAUGUUUAUAGAAUUAUGUGUAGUUGUACCGUAUGAUUUUAUUUUCUUCAUUUAUUUAUUUACGGCCUUAUUUAUGUUCUGUUUAAUAUAUAGUUUGGUUCUGGCCAUUUUAAAUGUUUGACAUAGAAGAGGUUAUAUUGGAAUAUUCACAGCUUUAUAAAUCUUCAGCAGAUUGGCUGUUAACUUUUUGUAAUACAAAAAGUUUCAGACAAGUAUUAAAGAAUAAAAUCUGUCUCAGGCCGGUAGUAAACAGUUGUGACCAAGAUGUUUUUGGUUUUAUUUUACAAAAUGUGCUCAUUUCUAACAUGAGAGAUGGACUUAUUUUAAAUAUUUCUUUUGCCACAGUUUAAAACUCAGCAAUAGUGUUAUGUAUUUAUAGGCAACUUUUAAUAAUCCUGUCAUAUUUGUACUAACCCACAUGAUUCACAGUGAUGAAACAUUUUAAUAACUUGAUCACAAAACCAUAUGGACAAAUAUGAAUUUUAAUAUUAUAAAUACUAUUUUUAAAAAGUAGAUUUUAUUCUGCACAGGGUAAAAAGAAUGUAAUAUUUAGUUCUCAAGUUUGAAUUAUCAGUAUAUUAUUACAAUUUUGUAUAUCAGAAUCUUAAGUGUUACAGGUACAAAAGGAAUAUUGCUAGCCAAAUGAACAAAGUUCAGCUGAAUCUCUGUAGCAUGCAAAUCAAAUAAAUUUAAAAUCUUCUUUCUUUGCUAUUGCUUUAUCUAUGUUGAAUUAAAUAUCAAAAGCUCAGGACUGAACUAAAUAUUUAAUCAGGUUAAAUUCUGAAUGUUUCUGUUUUAAUUUGUCUUGUUUGUAAAAGGAUGCAAAUACAUUGCUUAGAUUAAUUUUGGUUUCUGCACUUUCCAUGUGUUUGUGGGUGGAAAAAAAAUUCAGUGUUGUUUUUCUUCCUAAAACAAAGAUACAUAUUGCUUAAUACUUCAUUUCGGUGUCAUUUAUUGUUCAGUUAAUUUCCCUGAUUGGCAGAAACACAAGUGUUUAUUUGAACCAUGUACCAGGCAAAUAUAAAAUCUUACAUGAAGA